AUGAACUCGUUCUUAUCCAUUAAGAAACAUCCACCCUACGCGUGCUUCUUUAACUUUUUGUCUCGAGAAUGGUGGAAACAAGAUAUUGUUCAGGUUUACAAUGACUUUCGUAGAAGUGGAGGAGACCCCGUGUUGUCUGAUGCUUACACCAUUAAUGGCCAACCUGGUGACCUUUACCCAUGCUCAAAUUCAGAAACAUUCAAGCUGAACGUUCGACAUGGCAAAACCUACCUCCUUCGAAUUGUCAAUGCUGCACUGGAACAAGUCCUAUUCUUUGGCAUUGCAAACCAUAAACUGACAGUGGAGGGGACAGAUGGAAGCUACAUCAAGCCAGCGAAAGUAGAUUACAUCACUAUCUCACCUGGUCAAACUAUGGAUGUCUUGCUUGAAGCAAACCAACCAAUAGGUCGCUACUACAUGGCUGCUAAGGCUUAUUCCAGUUCGGCUAAUGUCCCAUUUAACCCCUCAAACACCACUGCGAUCCUUCAAUACAAACGAAGCCGAUACAUUUCCACUUCACCAGUCCCUUCCAUGCCUUUGCUUCCAAACUCAAACGACACUGCUGCCUCCACCAAGCACUUGAGCCAAUUUAGAAGCUUAGCAGACAAGAAUCACCCCAUUGAUGUGCCAUUAGAAAUAAGCACCGAGCUUUUCUACACAGUCUCCGUCAACACGUUACCACGUCACAACGGUACAACGUGUGUUGGCCCAAAUCUAGAUCGUCUCGCCGCUAGUAUGAACAAUAUAAGCUUCAAAUUACCUCCUGGGGCUAACAUUUUGCAGGCCUACUAUAACAACGCUAGUGGUGUUUACGGAGACAAGUUUCCGGACACACCGCCAUUGAAGUUUGAUUUUACUGGCAAUGACCUGCCCCAAUUCUUGUGGACUCCAUCGGUGGACACGGAGGUGAAGGUGCUAGAGUUUGGAUCCACGGUGGAGCUUGUUCUUCAGGGAACUAAUGUGCUUGCCGGAACAGAACAUCCUAUUCACUUGCAUGGACACGGUUUCUAUGUGGUGGGUUGGGGAUUUGGGAACUUUGACAAAGACAAGGAUCCUUUGAAUUACAAUCUUGUUGAUCCUCCCUAUCAAAACACUGUGACCAUACCCAAAAAUGGCUGGGUCACCGUAAGAUUCACCGCUAAAAAUCCAGGUGUAUGGUUCAUGCAUUGUCAUUUAGAGCGUCAUGUGACGUGGGGAAUGGCUAUGACUUUCAUCGUGAAGAAUGGUAACAAUCGUGACGAGCAGAUGCUACGCCCACCACUGGACAUACCCAAAUCCGUCGCCAGUACUGGGAAGUCCAGAGUGCAGUUUGAGUCGCGAGUUCUCCGGGGUGCACCGUCUAUCGCUUUCCCCUCCCUUGCUGCGACGUCGUCCGGUGUGCUUGUGGACCUGGAAUUUCAGUUCUCUCCACUCUCUGAUGCCAAAGAAAAAAGGAGUUUUGUUCCUCAGCAACCUCCUCCUUCUCAUGCACUGAGGCAUUAUACUUUUGAGGUCAAAGAAGCAUCGUACACAAAACUUUGUAGAUCCAAGAUCAUAUUGACAGUAAAUGGACAAUUUCCAGGACCAACCUUGUACGUGACCAAAGGCGAAACAAUAAUUGAUGUCUAUAAACCGAGCGAACGAGAGCAUCACCAUCCACUGUUUUAUCAUGGGAAUAGCUUGUUUAAACUCACCUCCGUCGGAAGGGUCUCAGGGGACCUUGCUAUCACAUCCCAACGUAACUCAGUUUUAACCCACCCACAUAUAAUAGUCAAGCAAGCAUCAUCAGAUAUGCCCUCAGUACGAUUGGCCAGAGUCAUGAAUUGUGAUGAUAAACAUCUACAGAUGCUUCCUAAGUCUGCUUCAACAACUGGACCUGGGGCGGUUCAAAUUGAGUAG